AUGAAGCCCGGAAUCAUUGUGUUGAGUCUGAUCACUCUUGGAUCAGCGCUGUCGUCCAAGGUCGAACGCCAGCUGCAGUCCUUGCAUAUCCGAGAUGCUGACGACAAUUCUAUCGAAGAUGAGCCGUGGACCAAGACCAAAUUGCCAUACCAACAUCUGAGACUGAAGUUACGAUGGAAAUGGGGAACUCUUGCUCACGACUCGCUUGCAUGUCGCAAGAAUCCCCAGCGCGAUGCUUGCGGGACCGAUCUAUACUGCAAAGGUUUUGGGCAGAACGGCCAGUUCCUUUCCCAGCGGACCCCUAGGUUCCGGUCUCGAGAGCAGUGCCUCCAGGCUCACGAGAGCCCUCCAGCGAAACUGCCAUGGGUAGAUGGUACUCGCCGCCCCGACUCGGCCCCAUGCCGUAGGAAUCCGGUUGAGCAGCAAUGCGGCUCAUACGCAUAUUGCGCCUCUUACAACGAUGUUUCUGGACAUGCCAGGAGUCGGGUUGCCAAAUACAAGACGUCUGAGGAGUGCUUCAACGCCCGCGAGAAGAACCCACAAGCGAAGAGUAUUCAACCAAAGCGCAGGUGGGAGGACGGCACUUCAGCGGGUCGAGAACUCUGCGGAAUAUCCGCAUUCACUGCCGAGGCAUGUGGCACUAUGCGAUAUUGCCAACUGUUCCCUACAACCCGGUCAGGGGUGCAUGACGAGUUUGCAAACACCGCUGAGUGCAUGGCAGCCUUUAAGCCCAGAGAUUUCCAGCCAGCACUAGACUCGAAAACGCAAACGUUCUUGCAGUGCAUCAUGAGCAAGCACAAGAGCAAGCAUUGCGGUACUCAAAUUUACUGCGACAUGGUCGGAGCGGGUGAGGUUCAAGACGCAAAGUGGAAAACCAAGGAGGAAUGCUUGCGCGGUCAUCCAGGGCUCGUCUAG